ACGGAGACCGCGUCGCCGCCGCCGCCGCCUGCCGCUGGUUCGGCCCCGGUGCGACGGCGUAAACGAACGGCACCUCUCGUCACUGCGGCGGGUGAUCUCGCUCCUGCGGACGCUCGCCUCGCCCCGGUAGGUCGUCUCUUCCACUGCAGGUCUACAAGAUGCCCUGGAAGAAUCAAGAACCUACAAGCAUAUGCGAAGGAGGAAGCACAAGUAAGAGAGCAAAGGCCUCCUCGCCUCGCAAUUCUGACCGAGAAGAUUCUCCGCCUCGGCGCGACGGCUUCACACGUAUGAUGCGAAGGAGGAUGCGUCCUCGCGGUUAUCCUAUGCCGGAUGGUGUUUAUGGGGGCAUGCGCUUGGUGAACACCUUUGAGCUUUGUUUCAAAGAGUUAGAUGGCUACAAUGAAGAUCACACGAAGAUCAAAUUACUUGCUUUAAGCGUGUCUCAGUCUAUUGUCUCGCUUGCUUCGUUUAAGGGGAAAACGCGACAGUUUACGUGCACAGGCACAAUUGUAGGACGCACGCCAUCCAGCAUGAGCAUUCUAACAUCUGCUAGUUUAGUGAGAUGCACCAACGAUGAAACUGAGAUAGAUGAUAAACUGAAGAUUAAGGUGCGCCUGCCCAACGGCAAGAUUGUUCCAGGAAAAUUGUGGAAAUACGAUCUGUAUUAUAAUAUUGCUGUUGUCAACAUGAAGGCUUUCCCUGAAUUUCGUGCAGCCGACAUUCAUAAUCAAGUCGAAGCUAAUGCCAAAUUACCUCAAAGUAAACUGGUAGCCAUUGGACGAGCUUUUGAAUCCGGAGAACUAAUGGCUACAGCUGGCACACUGCUGUAUAAAACUACCAAACUUGACUGCCAGGAACUCAUGACCUCUUCUUGUUAUAUCACAAAGGCUGGAAUUGGUGGGCCCCUUAUUGGUUAUGGUGGAAACUUCUUUGGCAUGAACUUUUGUUCAGAUGAUGGAACUCCUUUCUUACCAGCCAGUCUACUUUCGAAAUGUUUAAAGCACUUUGAUACAUUUGGGAGAGUUGUGCAGCCAUGGCUUGGUCUGAGGAUUGGAUCACUUCAAGCUCAAAAGCUGGGUACCCGUGUAGAACUACACGACAGCUUCCCCGAUGCACAUGGAAUCUAUGUAGAGAGGGUUUUUGAUGGAUCCCCGGCAGCAAAUUCUGGAACGAAAGUUGGCGAUGUCAUUACCAAGCUUGAUGAAGUCCCUUUGUUCAGUGCACAAGAGUUCCAUAAGCUGGUUUUGGACAAGACGGAGAGUACUACGCAACACGGUGAUGUGAUGCCUUUUGAGGUAUCUGUCCUAAGGCCGGGUAACAGUUUUGACUUCUGUGCAACUAUCAACGCUGAAGUGAUUGACAUGAGCAAACAAAACAGAUGGCCGGUACCCAAGACCAAGUGGAUAUAUCCAGAUAAUGAAUAUGAUGAUGAGGGGCCCCUUGUUCGAAAGUGCUCCCGACCUGACUAUCGAUAUCCUUCCCCCGAUGAGGACGAGUCCACACAAGAUUGUGAUGAAGAGUGAGGAGUAAUCUUGUAGGGUUAGUAAAGACAAGUUGAGAUCUUCUUGACAACUGAAAUGAAAGUAUAAAAAACCCGAAAUGAAAGUCUAUGUUGCCAGAUUUA